GGCUGUUGGUCUUCUUUCUCUGAGGAUGUAACUUUGACCGUCUGCUGAGAGAAGCGGCAAAGCCGGACCCCCGCCUAUCCAGUCGAGAAGUAUAACUGUCGUCUGAUUAAAUUGCUUCCUUUCCCUAGAUUUCCUUUAAUUCUGCUGGAGUCUUCGUUUGGAUCCGAUUCCCACUUACUUCCCUUCCUCCUGAAGGCACGUCUCAGAUUCAAACUUGAGGUCCUGAGGUUGCCUUGGGGUAAGUUCAGUUUCCGACGGAAAGGCCAAGCCGAUUCGGAGAGAACUCGGAGACCAUGUCUGCAGAAUUCUUUCCGUCUACAAGAGAGGAGAGAAGCACUGGCUCAGGACCUAGUUUUAGGUCUAAUCAGAGGAAGGUAUUAAACCUGCUCCUGGAGAGAGAUACUUCCUUUACCAUCUGUUCAGAUCUCCCUAGAACUCCAGUGGAGAAACUUUUUGGUGAUUCUGCAGACUCAAGCAUUUUGUCUGGAGGAACUCCAAAGCGUUGCCUUGAUCUUUCAAAUCUUAGCAGCGGGGAGAUGUCUGCCACUCAGUUUACUACUUCUACAGACCUUGAUAAAACUGGUCCCUUGGAUUCUUCAGUACCUGAGGAAAUACAGUUAGCUGGAAUGAAUUAUCAUCAACAACUUAUAAAAUGCAGCUCAGCACACCUGCUUUGCAGCACCCCGAAUACCUUGAACCGUGGCCACAGGAAGAAAGCUACUGUAUGCAGCUCAUCUGCAAAUAAAGAAAAUGAAAACAGUACUUCAAAGCCCUUGGAGUGGUGGACACCCAGGAACCUGAGGUUUCAAAAGAGACCAUGGGGACCUUACGUGUCUCCUCUUUCUCUACUGGACAAUGGAAACUUGGUGGAAAGUGAAAUGAAACAUCUGGGCAGUCCCAUUACUACAGUUUCAAAAUUAGAUAAAAAUCCAGAGCUAGGAGAAGACCAAGCAGAGGAGAUUUCAGAUGAAUUGAUGGAGUUUUCUCUGGAAGAUCAAGAAGAGGCCAAGGCAUCUCUGAACAGAAGCUGCCUGUAUCGCUCCUUUUCAGUGCCAGACAGUUUGAACAGUCCAAGACUGAAGCAGGUGGUAAAAUUCAAGGACAACACAAUGCUAGAUAAAGUGAAAAUGAAGUAUUGUUCUAGCCAGAAAGAGCUCAGGAAGGGCUUAGGUCUAAAGAAAAUGGCCUCUCUCUGUGACAUUAAUAUGACUCAGAUGCUGGAGGAAGAUUCUAACCAGGGACCUCUGAUUGGUGAUUUCUCCAAGGUAUGUGCACUGCCAACCGUGUCAGGGAGACACCAAGAUCUGAAGUACAUCAACCCAGAAACAGUGGCUGCCUUACUGUCGGGGAAGUUCCAGGGUCUGAUUGAGAAAUUUUAUGUGAUUGAUUGCCGCUAUCCAUAUGAGUACCUGGGAGGACACAUCCAGGGAGCCAUAAACUUGUACAGUCAAGAAGAACUGUAUAAGUUCUUUCUGAAGAAGCCCAUUGUCCCGUUGGAUAACCAGAAAAGAAUAAUCAUCGUGUUCCACUGUGAAUUCUCCUCAGAGAGGGGUCCCCGAAUGUGCCGCUCUCUGAGAGCAGAGGACAGAGCCCUGAACCGGUACCCUGCACUGUACUACCCAGAGCUGUAUAUCCUCAAAGGGGGCUACAGAGACUUCUUUCCAGAAUAUAUGGAGCUGUGUGAACCACAGAGCUACUGCCCUAUGCAUCACCAGGACCAUAAGGCUGAGCUGCUGAGGUGUCGAAGCCAGAGCAAAGCAUGGGAAGGGGAGCGGCAUCUGCAGGAGCAGAUUGCCUUACUGGUGAAGGACGUGAGCCCAUGAUAUCAGAUUAGCUGCUGGUGCUCAGGAAUUAUCAAAAGACACUGUAGAAACCCUGAGCAGAAAGAGACCAUCUUCUAUGUGGCUAAACCCAAGAUGUUAAAAGAUGUCUGCAAACCAACAGGCUGCCAAACUAGUGAAAUCCCAGGCCUGAGAAUUGCUAGGUUUCCAUAGAGCUACUGGCUGAUGGUGAAGUCCUGGAGCUGGCUCUCUGAGGCUGUAGCCUUGGGGUGCAUAGAGAUUUGUGUUGCUUCAGGGAGCUGUUGCAUUCCUCUUCCUAACUAUAUGCCAGAUCCUUCUCUUCCUCGCUUCUGGCUAUUCACGAGGGAGUUGCCCAUCUUCUUUCUCUAUAUUUUCCUUCUUUGUUUCCCUCUCUCUCCUUUUUUUUUUUUAAAUGGGAAAAUAAACAUUGCAGAAUGAGAAAUGUGGUGAGUGCAGUCUGCUCCUAGAAGAUCUGUAUAAGGAAGUAAUCACCAAAUUGAACUCCCUUCAGACAAACGCGAAGCCAUCUCUAUUCAUAGCUGAGGCCAAGGGGCUUUUCUCCAGACCGUGGUUCUCAAAGUUUGGGCCCUGGUCCAUCAAGCAUUAUCUGAACUUGUUUGAAAUGCAAAAUUUCAUGGCCCACCCCACACCUACUAAAUCAGAAUAUUUGAGGUUAGGGUUUUAAAAAUCUACCUUUCAGGUGAUUCUGAUUCCUGCCAAGCCUUGAGAACCGCUGCUCAGGAAUUAAGGAAAACCUUUUAAACUGCAUUAUUCAGCAAUAUUCCAGGCUCUUCUUUCCUAGACCGUUCCAUGGUAUGAGUUGCUUAAAAAUGUGCCCCAGACUCAGCACUCUGGUAUCUAGGUUCAGAAAACCAAAAUGAUCAGCAUUCUCUAAGGUAGGUGAUGGGUCUGAGUUCAGCUCCAAAGUUCCUUGUCUACAGCCUCAGUGGAGUUUUGUUUUUUGUUUUUUGCUUGUCAGAUAACCCUUUGUUAAAUCAUUUUUCUUUGUAGUUCUUAACUCGCUGGGCAUUCCACCACACCACUGUUGAUGUCAUCUAUGAUGUCGUGAGGGUGGCAGCCAUCAAUAUUGCAGCCCACAGACUGGGAAGUCCCCAGGAUCUCUUUAAUGGUUCCAGAGAGUUCUCUAGCUAAAGAUCAGUGCUGCAUCUGUUGGGUAAUGUUGACAAUCCCAUCAAAAGAGAUGUUUCCACUGUGAUUAAUGUUUUUCUGCUUCUUUCCAUCUCUUGGUUCCUUGAAGGCUUUGAUGAUCAGGGCAGAGGCAGAAGGUACCACCUCAAUCUGGGCCUGUCUGUCUGAAUGGUCGGUUUCAC